AUGAAAUGUUUAAGUUCGUUAGGAUGUAAAAAGGAAACGGAAAUGCUUUGGGGGAAAGGAGACGUGGAAUUAGACAGAUCGGAAAUGUUAUCAAACAUACGUACGCAAAUACUCUUAUUAAUCGUUUUCUUGGACAAAGUGGAAGCAGAAAUGUCAUCUCGUUGA